UGUCUCACAAAUGAAUCCCUCCCAUCCAGAGAGACGGGCGUGUUGUAGCCUAACACCUGUUAAUAGCAGCCGUUUGGCCGCAGCCUCGUGGAGCAGGUGUGUGAUACAACUGUCGUCAUACAACGCACGUUCCUCUUUCACCUGACACCACCUGCUCCUUAAUGUGUAAACGGCACCCGGACGGAUCCGGGGGCUGCCAUCUUAGGCCCAUUUCCUCCAGCUGCAAUAAAUAAUCAAUUUAGUCAACUGAAUAAUUUCAUCUCUGAUACUAGGACCGGAUUUAUAGCAGCCAAGAGGCCCCACUUUGAAAACCUCAGAUACAGUUUAAACCUGUGCAGCAUCUAUUUCUCUCUCCAAAAGAAAAAGUGUGAGCAGCUCCGCUCCUGAUGAGCAAAGGGUUAAAAGAGGCGCAGCUAGACGCCGGUGGAGCUGAAGUCAUCCGGCAGAGCGCACAGCGAGGGAGAGAGAUACAGAGAACACCUCCAAAAACACCGAGCAGGGACGGAUCAAGCUGCGGAUCUGCGCUCUGCAGUUUUCUUUAAUCAUCCCUCUUUCUUUUUCUCCACAGUUUGAGCGCGCACACCUUCAGGGGCAGAGGGAGGAGGUGGAAUGAGAAACAAAUAAUUAAAAAAAAAAAACCGCGCAGCUCAGCGCCCCAACUAUGGCUCCAGCGACGCUCGUCGGGAAGCUCGCCCAGUCCGCUUCACAGGAGUGGACUGUAGUGCAGGAUGAGAGGUCUGCUGCGCUCCAGCGAGUGUGAGACCGGAGAGAAACAUCACCUGACCGGGCGGCCCUCCCCUCGGGGGACAGAAACAGACACCCUCACACCUCUCAACCUGGAAACUGGAGGCUGGAAACGGCUCAAACCCGCCGUGCGUACAGUGCGCCUCCUUUCCAGAACUCUCGUCCUCUCACUUUCUCCUGGAGCUCCACCAGCUGCCUCAGUCUCUCUGACCAACUUGGGAAAACUUUGGCCUUCGGAUUACUGCCACUGAACCCGUCAGUGCUCGGUCUCCAUGCAGAGAGCGCAGUGAGCGUCGUGCGGUGUGAUAAUAUUAAAAGUCCUGCAAAGUCUCUAAAAGUCCAGGGGCCACCGCAGCGAAGAUGCCGGUCCGGAGGGGCCAUGUGGCUCCGCAGAACACCUUCCUGGACACAAUCAUCAGGAAAUUCGACAGUCAGAGUCGUAAGUUUGUCAUCGCCAAUGCAAGAGUGGAGAACUGUGCCAUCAUCUUCUGCAACGAUGGCUUCUGCCACAUGUGUGGCUACUCGCGCGCUGAGAUCAUGCAGCAGCCAUGCACGUGUAACUUCCUGUACGGACCUGACACUAAGCGACUGGCUAUUGCCCAGAUGGCGCAGGCCCUGCUGGGAUCGGAGGAGAGGAAAGUGGAGAUCAACCUUUACCGCAAAGAUGGUCAGUGCUUCCUGUGUAUGGUGGACGUGGUGCCAGUGAAGAACGAGGAUGGUGUGGUGAUCAUGUUCAUCCUCAACUUUGAGGUCAUGUCAGAGGACACACUUCAAGACCACAAACAGGAGCUCAACCACCGCCUGCCCACCUGGCUUGUCACUGGUCGUCCACGAGGCUUCAAGCUGCGUCUCCCCCUGCUGCGCUCCCUGUCCAACAGUAAAGUGUCUCUGGACGACACAGAGGCCUGUCACAUCCCCACUGCCACGCCCCUGCCGCUGCACCCGGACCACCACAGUCGCGAGUCCUUAGGCUUGGGGGAGUUCCUGCCCCUCCCCCCCUUACCACCAAACCACCAAGAGCAAAUCAGUGGAAGCAGGUCAGCUCUACAGAGUUGGCCAGAAGACCGCCGGGAGGACCAGCACACCUUACUGGGCUCUGGGCCUCCUGUACCCCCUCCUCCGCCUCCUUCGCACGGAGCCCGCCUGGUGGGUCCCUUCACCCAGUCAUCGCCCUGCGUAGCGCCCCACCACCGCCUCAGCCUCAACCCGGACGCCUCGGGCUCUAACUGCUCCUUGUCGCACAGCCGCUCACGAGAGAGCUUCCACAGCAUGCGUCGUGCGUCCUCUGUAGACGAGAUUGAGGCCAUGAGGCCCGACUGGGACAGAAAGAACCGCAGAGCGAGUAUUCGGCUGGGCAGCAGCAGCACUGGUGCAGUAAACAGUAAAUCCAACAUACUGAACUCCACAUCAGACUCGGACCUCAUGCGGUACCGAACCAUCUCCAAAAUCCCUCAGAUCACCCUCAACUUUGUGGAUUUCAAACCCGACCCGCUAAUUGCCCUGCCCACCGGGGAGAUGGACAUCAUAGCUCCUUGCAAACUCAUCGACCGGACGCACAAUGUCACAGAGAAAGUCACGCAGGUUCUGUCUCUGGGUGCAGAUGUGUUGCCAGAGUACAAGCUCCAAGCUCCACGCAUCCACAAGUGGACUGUGUUGCACUACAGCCCCUUCAAGGCAGUGUGGGACUGGCUCAUCCUGCUGCUGGUCAUCUACACUGCCAUCCUGACGCCCUACUCAGCCGCGUUCCUCCUCAAUGACCAGCAAGAAGCAGCCAUGCAGAGUUGUGGUUACUCCUGCUCUCCUCUCAACGUGGUGGACCUCAUAGUGGAUAUCAUGUUCAUUAUCGACAUCCUCAUCAACUUCAGGACAACAUAUGUGAACACUAAUGAUGAAGUGGUGAGCCACCCGGUGCGCAUCGCCGUCCACUACUUCAAAGGCUGGUUCCUCAUCGACAUGGUGGCUGCUAUUCCCUUUGACCUGCUCAUCUAUCGCAACGGAGAGGAGACCACCACUCUGAUUGGUCUGCUGAAAACGGCUCGUCUUCUGCGAUUGGUCCGUGUAGCCAGAAAGCUGGAUCGCUACUCGGAGUAUGGCGCAGCUGUCCUUUUCCUCCUCAUGUGCACCUUCGCCCUCAUCGCUCACUGGCUGGCCUGCAUCUGGUAUGCCAUUGGUAGUGUAGAGAGAAAUGGUUCAAUUGGCUGGCUCCACACGCUGGGGGACCAGUUGGGAAAACACUACAAUGACUCCAUCCCAGGUUCAGGACCCUCCAUCAAAGACAAGUACGUCACAGCUCUGUACUUCACCUUCAGCAGUCUGACCAGUGUGGGCUUUGGAAACGUAUCCCCAAACACCAACUCUGAGAAGAUCUUCUCCAUCUGUGUCAUGCUCAUAGGAUCCCUAAUGUACGCCAGUAUCUUUGGAAACGUGUCGGCCAUCAUCCAGCGGCUGUACUCGGGGACGGCCCGCUACCACACCCAGAUGCUGCGAGUCAGGGAGUUCAUCCGUUUCCACCAGAUCCCCAACCCGCUCCGGCAGAGGCUGGAGGAGUACUUCCAGCACGCCUGGUCCUACACCAACGGCAUCGACAUGAAUGCUGAUGACUCGAAGACUUUGUCUCAGCAUGCAUGGUCCGACAACAUCAGACAGAAUAGGAGUGAUGUGCUGAAAGGUUUCCCUGAGUGUCUCCAGGCAGAUAUCUGCCUCCAUCUGAACCGGACAUUGCUGCAGAACUGUAAGGCUUUUAAAGGCUCCACCAAGGGCUGCCUCAGGGCGUUGGCCAUGAAGUUUAAGACCACCCACGCACCCCCAGGUGACACGCUGGUCCACGCCGGGGACGUCCUCACUGCCCUCUACUUUAUAUCCAGGGGAUCCAUAGAGAUCCUGAGAGGAGACGUGGUGGUCGCCAUCUUGGGGAAGAACGACAUCUUCGGCGAGCCUAUCAACCUGUAUUCCCGACCGGGUAAAUCCAACGCCGAUGUGAGGGCUCUGACCUACUGCGACCUCCAUAAAAUCUUCAGAGAAGACGUUCUGGAGGUGCUGGACAUGUAUCCUGAGUUCGCAGACCACUUCUGGAACAACCUGGAAAUCACCUUCAACCUCCGAGAUACCAACAUGAUCCCAGGCUCUCCCAGCAGUGACGACACCAACUGUGGCGGAUUCAACAAAUUACGGAGACGCAAGUUAUCAUUCCGACGACGCACAGAAAAGGAUGAUGCAGAUGCCGGAGAAAUUAAAAAGUCCCAUAAGUCUGUGAGACGAAGACAGAGGGAGGCAGCUAACAACCAGAAACAGGAGGAGGCGUCCAAGAGGCAGUGGGAGGCCCAUCGGAGCUCAGUGUCUUCUCACUCCAGUGGUGAUGAGGGGGAGGAGUCAGUUGUGACAGGCCUCGCCCCACCUCCUGCAAUGCUGGGUAACCCACAGGCUCAGGCCACGCCCAUGAACUUUAAUGAGAACACUGAGGGUGACGGAGACCCAAAGACUGGGAACACCUGCAACGCCCUGUCAGGUGCGUUCUCAGGUGUGUCUAACAUCUUUAGUUUCUGGGGGGAGAGUCGGGGGGGUGGUCAGUACCAGGAGGUUCCCAGCUGCAGCCUGGCCUCCCCGCCGCCCCUCAACACGCCGAUACACAACCUGAGCCGGCAGCAACGCAACCAGCUGGACACACGCCUGGACCUGCUGCAGAAACAGCUCAACAGGUUGGAGAGUCGCAUGUCAACGGACAUCGGAGCGAUCAUGCAACUGCUGCAGAGACAGAUGGCUCUGGUUCCUCCGGCCUACAGCGCCGUCUCCACACCACCUCAGGCCUCGCCUUACCCUGGUCCCAGUCCAGGACCAGGUCCAGGAGAGAGGCUGGUUCAGCCUGUUACACCUGUGGAGACAGACACCCUGGCUUCUUUAUCACAGAUCUUGAUGGAUGGCCAGGACUUUCAGGAGUUCCCAGCCAAGCCUCUUGACUCUCUGCAGGCCCAGGACUCUUCUUUGAUCAACACCAGCCAGGCUCAGCUCGCCCCCUCUAGACUGGACAGCCUGGGGCAGCAUCUGGAGCUGGAGCUGGGACUGGGGACCGGGGCUGGGGUUCUUUCAGGGCCAGUAGUUGGGACAGGUUUAGGGUUGGAGUUAGGGAGUGGGGCAGCACCGGGCUCAAGCCUAGGAGCAGGGUUAGACUUUGGUUCAGAGGUCAGUAAGGUGGCUGGGGUUGCGCCAACAGCUGGAACAGGAGUGUCUCCCCUGGAUCCUGAAACUCAAAGGAGGCUGUCCCUCCAAGAACCACAGACACCUCUGGACUCACGGACACCACAAAGACACAGCUCCGACCCAGGGGGGAGCUAAGGAAGAGGUGAAGGGGGAGGAGAGUGAGAUAGGGGGAGGGAUACAGAGCGAGAAUGAAUGAGUGUGAUAUUUUAUCCUGCAGUUUCUCCUGGUUCAUCCGGUCCACGAGACACUUUGGAGAUCAGGAGGCACCUGCUGUACCUCCACCAAAACCCUUUAGGGCACCCAGCUACUGUAUCUUCACCAUCCACCUCUCUAGUAAGGACACACAGCUCAGAGCGAGUGAAGCCAAGGGGGCGGUCACGGAAAGAGUUGAGGCCUUUCUCCCCCCUCAUCAAACAGCUGGAGCUUUCUGAACUCCACAACAACACAACCUUUAACCAAAACCACAGACAGAGCAGAGAGAAGCUCUGCCUCUUAACGAACACUGUCCGGGUCGACCCAGAUCCGUCUGGUCUGGACCUCUCGGUCGUCCACUGAGGGUGACUCGACUUUACACGCUUAACGACUGCUGACCUGUAGAAGAAUCCCUUUACUGCUGUAUCCAGUGUUGGAUGACUGACAAGAACAAGCAAAGACAACAUCGGACAGAAUAAUGACGAAAAAGUAGCCAUUACGUCUUGCACUGAAAAUCCUACUGAUAUAAUGAUUAUUCUAUUCUAUAUGUCCGUGGCGCUUCCGAUAAACUCACAAACUGGUUGGUAAAUUGUAGUGUUAGCUGGCCUAACAGGAAACCUGCUGUCAUUGGUUCCUCCCCCCUGAUGUCCUGCCCCGAGAGGUGGAGCUACCCCCCCCCCCCCCCCCCCCCUUCCCAAGAGCACACUGGAUUGGCUGGUUUGCACCUCAGGGGUGGGAACUGGAGGGUUAAAAGCCAUGAAUUUCCUCGAUCAACAUAUCAGCUGCCCUAUCAUAAACGUACAGAUUUGCUAGUGAGUGAAGAACAUAUGGCAUGCUCAGGCCGUGUCACAAACAGGUAAACUGGCAAACUUACAGGUUUACCAUGAGAACAGUGCACCAAACAGCUGACUAAAUAUUUAACCAAGCAGGAAAUCCCAGCUUCCUAAUUUCAUGAGCUAUGAGUUGUGACUUUUUAGAGAAGCAGAGAAGUUGUGUGUUCUUAUCUGAGGUGAUGAAGUCGGCAGCGACAUGAUACUGGCUGCUUUGAUUUCUAAAACGGAGUCGAAGCACAUGCAUGAAGGAAAAAUAGUUUUUCAUAGUUGAAUUUGCUACCUCAGAUUUCAUUGGUCCUUACGUUUUCUCACCUGAGCAAGCACCCGGAAUGCUUUUACCUUGUACACAAUUUGUCAUGUUAUACGUAAAUAUACAAGUUUGCCAGUUUACGAUGACCAGCCGAAUGCGCCAUUAUUCUAUGUACAGUACAAUAUGCAAACACUGGCAAGAAGAGAUGAGUGAGUGCGCUUUAAUUAUUAUUAUGCGUGUGAUACGUUCAGGUCCAGAAGCUUUUUAUGUGUGUUUGUCCUCGUAUUGUCUUUGAGUCUGCAGAGCAUGGCACAGUACAUUCGCUUCACUCACUGUAGAAGGUCACCGUAUUUCUAAUGUUUUGGUUUGAUUUAUUUUUGCCCAUGAACUGAUUUGAACGGCUUGUUUAAACAGGCAAAUGACAGAUUCAGUGUUUGUGUUCUGAACCUAGACAGAACAAAAAAAAACCCUUUACAAUGUAGGUUUAAAAAUACACAAGGUCAACACUACAGCACCACAUCUGGGAAUACUUCACUUUAAUCAUUUCAUUUUAAUUGUAUAGUCAUUUCCCACAGAUGCAUGUCUGAUGUCUGUCAUGAACUGUCACUAACACAGAUCCUGAGGUGUGAAGAUUCUCACACACAGAGGGUGAUUACGUCUAAAAUUGUUUAAUAAGAAUUUUGUUGUGAAUUUCCAAAAAGUUGUCGAUGCUCAGGUUUUAUUUUGCAUAGUGCAGAAAUUGUUUUGGGUCUGACUGCUACUGGUUAUUAACUUAGUAGUGAAUGAUAUGAUUUGCUUUGUUUAUAAAUGCUCCUUUGACUUCAGCCCUAAUGGAACUGGUCAGUGAGAGGAUGGAGAUGAGGUUGGUUCCUUUUGAAUUAAAUAGUAUGAGGAGAAUAGGAUUCUUUGUAAAAUAAGAAUUACUUCAUAUGAAAAAAAAGGUCCUGGAAUUAAUUUUUGAUUUAAUAUUUCAAUAUUAAAAAGGUGCAUGACCAUCCCAUGCAUUUAGAGAGAGCAUUCCCCCUUGGAUUCAUAGCAAGGUGAUGCACACAUUUCAAAAGGUGGUGGUGCUCCAAGGUGCUGCCACUGUUAAGAAGGUGAAGUUGCACAGUGUAGAGUUCCCCUAGAUACCUCAGGACAGGUGGAAAUGUACAGAGUAAUAACAGGAGCAGGUGCAAUGAUGCCCCCCAGACAGUGGAGGGUGUUUUUCUGCAUAAAUGGCAAACUUCCACAGAUUCUUUUUUUAGUUUUGAGUUCUCAAGAUGAAGGAAAAUAUUUAAAAAAAACCUAUGCCAUCUUCAAAUUGUCUUCCCUGAAACAAAAUUGUACAAAUUGACCCUUUCCUGUACCACGCACCGAAGAGUCAUGACAGAGGAGGGAACGCCUGUUGAAGUACAAUAGUCCCUUAAACAGUUAAGACUUGUAGCAGCUUAACCACAUCUGUUAAUGUUUUAGCACUUUAUUUUAUUUUUAGUGCAGAUGUUUAAUAAAGACUCAGGAACGUGUUAUUGAUGCCAUGGGGUUCAUUUUCCUUCGUCUCAGAACUCAAAACCAACCAAUCAGAAAGAGAAGGAGCAACAUCCUGAACCUUUAUUUUGGUGGAAUUCCCCUUUAAUGCAGAAUUGUGAAGAUUGUAUUUUGCUGCUUGUUGGUCUAAGCUAUUUAAUUUAUUUAUUUGGUUGUUGGAUUAUUUAGUUUGUCUGUGAAUUGUACCUACUAUGAUUUCUCACUCUGUGUUAAUGAACAGCUCGUUUGGUGGAGUAAGGUUUGCUGUGUAAUCAUGUUCCCACGUUCCUUUGUUCAUAAUCCUGACAUUUACACUUAAUAUUUAUUCAAUAUUUAUGGGUAUAAGUGCUCGAUGGGCAGUACACAUUAUUACUGUAAUCAUUAUUAAUAACUCUGAUCAAACUUAUCAAUUCCCGAAUGCAGACAUUGGAGAAUGAACCCCAUCGUCAUCGUCAGUGUCUUUGCCUGUGCAGUAAUUGGACUUUGUGGUUGUAUGCACACAGCUCAUGUCACGCUUUGUAAAGGGGCACUUUAGUAUUGAACCAAAGCAAAUGAACGCUGUAACAAAUGAUCAUUGGAACCAUUUUAAAUUCAUGUAUUUAAGUAAAAAAAAAAAAAAAAAAAAUUAAUGUUAUCUGAAAUCUAUGAUCUGACUUAAACUGAAGUUGUAAACGCAGCUGGAUUCUAUGUGAUAUUUUGACAGUCACUUAGUGGUCAUAGAUUGAAAGACCUGACAGUUAUUGUUAAGGUGAGGGUGAAUCAGAUGAACGGUGAUUCAGCAUGUUUACUGUGCUGUUGUUUGAAUGUGGUUACGAGUCCCUAGAAUCCCUGGUUUCAUCGUUCUGCAGUUAAAAUGUGAGCGAAUUCAUCGUGGACGUCCAAAGCUGAUAAGCUGGCACUGACCAAAUCUACUUAGUUCCUGUCACGACUAAACCCUGCCUGCUUGUUGUUGUGUUUUAUUUUGGUUUACUUCACUUACACACAUCACUAUCAGUUAAUUUUCACCAGCAGUCCCUGCCGUCGUCACCAGGAACAAGGUCCCGUAAUAAAAACACUCUCGACUACAAAUAUCCAGUAAACACACAGUGACGCUGGUGUUACAUGAAACAGUUGCAGUGCUGAGGUACUGAUUAUCUCUUCGCCAUCUCACGUACUGUAGCCAGUGUUUCUUUUUGUUGGUGUUCAAUAACAGUCACCUAGUGGCCUGAACUGUAUCUUUACAUUCAGAACUAUGACCUCAAAACUAGAAUGUGGUUGUCGCCGACUCUUCUUCUUUGACCUUGUAUGUGACAGUACACCGUAGUGGAAUAUUCAAUGCUAGAGAAUACAUUUAUGUAAUGCAUAGUGCAUAUUAUAACAGUAGAGGGUGCACUUUGAAAAAAAUAAAAAUAAUUUAAAAAAUCCAUGGGAGGGGCAGGGGGAGUGGGAGGGGGAGGGGGGGUGUUUAAGGAGGCUAGAUUACUUUUCCCCUUUGAAUUUUGACACACACAUACAGACAUAAAAACUCUGCUUACACUCACACCUGCACACACACACACACACACACACACACACACCUCCCUUAAUGGCUCUUCCAUACUGAGCUUUUUUCAGCUCUAUUCAACUUUCUAUGAGUCCCGACUGACUCGGGUUCUGUAUUUGUAGAUAUUUUGAGCACUUGGGGAGGGGGGGGGGUGUUUGGUACCGUUUACACAACACUGGAUCUGCUGUCACUCCUUGCCUGUACAUACCAACUUCUACUACUUGUAAAGGAAUCAAACUCUUUGGCACUCGUAUAGCCAGCACUAUGCAGAAACUGAAACAUUUCUUUGGCAUGCUUUGAAAUGCAGAAUACUAUAGAGGAAAAUAUAAUAAAUACAAAAUUAAAGUCUGCUCUAAUUUCUUAUUAAAAUAAUCACCUUAUUGAAAAAAAAAGAUGUUGAUAAAGCUGAAAAUGGAUAUGAUGAUGAUGGUGAGGAUGAUUAUAAGUGAUGAGGAUGAUGAAGCUAAAGACUUUUAAUAUAGUGCACAUUUUUACUUGCAUGCUGCACUGAAAAUCAUCCAGCAAUGAGAAGUUUUUGACGUGCAAAGCAGCUGAUUUUCGCUGUAUGCUUGCAAACUGUGUGUAGAGUGAAACACUGAAUUCUUCCGGGUUACGGGAGAGUCAAAUUUAUAUAUAUAAAUAUAUAUAUAUAUAUAUAUAAUACUACUUCCAGGUCAUGGAAGAGAUGGGUACUGAAUAGCUGCAAAUAUAGAGAUCCUAGAUGAUACAAUAUUAUAUUGUAUAUUUGUAUCUUUGGUUGCGAACCACUGUAAUAGGAAGAUGCAUGUGUGGCAGUCCUGAGCAGAACUAUGAACUGUUGCCCAGAUAUCAAAGAGCACUUGAUUUACCUUAUUUGGGUUCCUCAGAAGUUAAAUCAAGCGCCUCUAAAAUAUUAUACAUUCUGCUUUUGCCCAGCUACACUCUGAAGAAUGACUAUUCUCAGCACGUGAGUGCAGUUUGGGACCAAAUCCCACGGUCUUUUCACUGCAGGGGGUGUUAAAGGUUUAACACAUUGUGCUGAAAAGCACUGAGUUCUGUGAUGUCCCCAGAAACCUCUCACAAAUGUCUUGAAAAUAGUCAAUCUUUUUAUAAGUGUAUUCUCUAUGGCAGAACCUGGAAUAGUGAGUUAUACCCCAUUGAUUUAUAACACUGGGCUGUCUGAUGGAGCAGCUCUAGAAGCUCAUUAUACAUUAUUCAUAUCAAAUGUUGAAGAAAGGUAGACGGGGAAAUGGUGAAGCUCUAGGUUCUGAUUGUGUGAUAGCAUUAUCAAUGGUUGAACUUUAUAAAAUUUCAAAAUAUUUCUUUCAAUAAACGUCUUUGAAAGCAAACUGA